AAGGUCGAAUGCUGGUUAAACUAGAAGGAGUUAGGCAAGUGUAGGCUUUGGAUUACUAACUGUUGGAGCUCUAAGUUCUCUAUUGCAAAUGUCCAUGAAUUUUGGAUAGUACGUUUGAAAAUUAGUGAUGGCGAACAAACGUUGAUCCUAUAGAAAGCGAUAAUCUGAGCAUGGAUAGUUCGACUUUAUAUCAAAAGUUGUCAAGAUAUUUACCUUAUUCUAAAUGUGAAAAUGAAGGUUGCAAAUGUAGUACAUGGAAGCUCUCAGACAAUGCGAUAGAUGAAAAACUCAUUGAAGCUAUAUGUGAAAAUUGCUGUCAUGUUCAUUAUAGCUUGUCUGAUCCAAGUGAGAGCACGUGGCUUAAUAGUGCAAUGCAAAUGGUUGACGAUGUGGAACGAAUGUAUAUUUUAUGUACCAAAGAAGAAGAUUAUGAAACAAGAAAUAUAUAUUUCUGUAUUUUGAAGCGCCUUCGUAAGGCGUUAAUGAAUAAAGUACAACCCGUGUUUGAUGACAAACCUCCUUUCGAGCGACCUGAUAUCAAUACCGCCGUACGAAACGCGUUACUAUUCUGUGCUGUCACCGAUCCUCAAAAUCCAGAAAUAACAAUUGAACUGUGUAAAUUAUUCUUAGCAUAUGUGAAUUCAUAUAAGAUCACAUACCCAAGUCAAAGGAUUCAGAAGUAUGAAAAUAAAACAGGAUACAAAUUAAUAUAUAUGAGAUGGAUAUGCCACUGUUAUGUGCCAAAGUUUUGUAACGCCUUACCAUAUACUGAGGCUACAUAUGCAUUUGGAAAGAAUUUCUUAUUAGCCGUUUUGCCUGAAAUUAAAAGAAGACUAGUCGAAUUUUUCAAACAGGAUUCUAUAAUUCCGUCCAUGCUGGAUGCAAAAAUACAUUUAAUACAACCUUUAACACGACUGUGUAAUUUGCUGGAAGAUAAUAUUGAUGACAAAACGACUUCCGUCUGGGAUCCAUAUUUUCAACCACCAUUGCGUCCCGACAAUGUAAUCACACCAAGCGGAUUAUUACAGUCGAUUUCUAUUGACCACGUGGUCAAUUUCUCUACACAUCAACGUAAUAUAAUCAUCAGUAGAUCAAGUGAACUGAAAAGUGAUUCAGUUGUUACACCGGCUCUCACUGAUCUAAAAGUGGAGAGACUGUUUAGUAAUCCAGAUUUGGUGAAUGGUGAUAGGGAUAUGGUAGUUAAUACACCUAUUAAAUCUGAACCUGAGGAGUCAUUUACAAAACCUGCCAAGAUAACUGAUCAUUCAACGCACCGAAGAACAAGUAUACGUCUUCGAAGUCAGUUAUCGACUAAUACACAAUCGUCUGUAAGUGAUUCAGAAAAACCAAACUGUAAAUCAGAAGACAAAGCUGUAGUCACCGAUAGCAAUAUGAAAAAGUCAUUGAAUGAUAACUUAAAUAUUUCAGAUGUUAGUAGUACAGAAUUAGAACAAAUUCUACAAGAAAUGAAAAACAAUGAAAGCCCUUGUAAAGGAUUUUAUCCGUUUCAAACGCUUCAUUCAUUAAAUGCAACAAGAGACGCCGCUGCACGUCAAGAAGAAUCAGCUGGGAAUAUUGAAUUUCAUAUAGUUAAUAAUAGUUUAAAUCCUAAUCAACCUCCACAAACAUAUAUUUGGCUUUUGGAAUUAUUAAAUGUAUUUGCUUUGCAAUUACCUCGUAUGCCAAAAGAAUACAUUGCACGACUUAUUUUUGACCCAAAACACAAAAAUCUUAUUUUGUUAAAAGUUUCUGAUUCAUGUGAAAAACAUGCUAUCGGCGGAAUCUGUUUUCGUAUGUUUCCAUCUCAGGGAUUUACAGAAAUUGUGUUUUGUGCAGUAAUUUUCAAUGAACAAGUAAAAGGUUAUGGAACACAAAUGAUGAAUCAUUUAAAAGAUUAUCAUUUACAACAUAAAAUAUUUCAUUUUCUUACAUAUGCUGAUUCAUUUGCUACUGGUUAUUUUAGAAAGCAAGGAUUUUCACGUGAAAUACGCUUAGCUCGACAAGCUUAUUUAGGUUAUAUUAAAGAGUAUGAAGGUGCCACAUUAAUGGGUUGCGAAUUAUAUCCAAAUAUUAUUUAUACAAGAUUUUCUGAAUUAAUUGCAAAACAAAAACAGGUUAUUACCCGGUUGAUAGAAAAACGUCGUGAGUCAGCUAAUCAAUCCUACCCAGGAAUACCUGCCAAACUAUUUCGUAAUGGACCUUUAAGACCAGAUCAAAUCCCCGGUCUAACUGAGAUCGAUCUGACUUCAAAUAAACUUUCUGUUUUAUUUCAUAAAAUUCCUAAGACAGAAUUAUCCGAAAUCAAUCAAAUUUCCAUAAAUAAUCAUGUUUCAGUGAAGCGAAAACCGUCAGAUACUUUUGGUAAAUCUGUUGAGAAAUUACACGAACCUCCAAGGAAACUACGCAAACGUUUACUCGAUUCUUUGCCAAGUCCCAGUCCGCUGACCACAAAGCCACAGACGAAAGCAAGAAUCAGUUCAAGGUCAACGCGUUAUAAUAGCUCAUUAAAAAUGUAAAUUUAAUUUGCUAACUUAUAGGAAUUACAAACAAUUACAAGGUUUCGUUUUUUAAUUUAUUAAAACCAUUUUAUCAUCUCGGCAUAUAAAAUGUCAAUAUUUAAGUAAAAGUUCCACGAAUUUCCCAUUGUAAGAAUGUCUUUUCCCAUUAAUAAGCAUGUUCUACCUUAUGUAUGGUAUCUUUUCAAUCUCAGUAAAAAUCUUUAUCACCUUAAGAUACUUUCGUCAAAUAAUUAGUUGGCAAGAUUAUCACAGACAAGAGUGGUGAUUUCACAUUUUCUCAAUUUGAUAAUUAAAUUACUAAAACGGUUAAGAUAUCGUUUAAUCUGCAAAUUGUUCGGCAGAAGAAAUAUGAAAGGUUAAAAUUAUCUUAUGAUGAUUUACUGUAUCAUAUUUCGUUCUAGCAUAAAAAAAAUAAGAUCAACAAAAUGAAUAGUAAAGAGGUGAAAAACAUAAGACCAGAACUAAUGGAGAAUCCCAAUACAAAAGUUUACAGAAGAGAGGAUUAUAAACGUGGAAUAAGGUAAUGUUUUAAACUAAAAAGAGAACAAAGAAUAAAUACAACUGUUCAUAUUAUUGUAGUACUUAGUUUUAAAGUAAGUACUAUUAGUAAAGAAAAUAUUGAUUACAAAAGUAUUUUACUCUUGACUCGGAUCAUCAUCGCACGAAUCGUUUUUAAAGUUUUCAUGUGUUAUCUAUGAAAUUGGUUGUUUAUCGAAUCAUCGCAGUAGUUUUAAAAUACGAUUUUCAAACUGUGUCUGUUUUAAAUUAUUCUCUAUACGCAACUCUUCAACCACAGUAUUUUAGUUUUUCAGAUGAACUUUCAUUACUUAAGCUUCUGCUAAAAAUGAUUAAAUGGGAUCAUCUUGAUAUUAUUGUUGGUUAGCUGAUUGUACAGUCUUGCAAAAGUUAUGAUUCAAAAUGAGUAAAUUUCAAAUCACUACUUGACACUAACGGUGUUACAGACAUUUAAGUAAAAUCAUUUGCUCAAAAAGCUCAUUUUUCAUGAACAUGGAUGUUUACCACUUAUUUAUGAUAAAAAUCAAAGUCACUUUCUACAUAGGAAAAGCGUUAAUGAUGUUUGAAACGACGGCAAAAGUCCCACAGAUAAGGGAUCUAGCUCAGAGAACCUAACCACAUUAAAAUCUUAGAUAAUCUUUUAUUUAAUGGUUAAAAGUUCAGUUACAUAUUAUCCUCUCCUGGUCAGCUUUCAAUUUUUCCUUCAAGAAAUAAUGUAAAGUUUAUGAAUUUCAUUUAAAUCACUUUUUCUAGUUAACCAAUUUUUAAUUAUAAUUUAUUUAGAUCAGAUUCAUUGGAACCUGACUGGAUACAAGGAGCUAAACAGCUAGCAGAAAAAAUUCGUCCUAUCCUAAAUGCAUUACGUAGUCAUAUAUUGUCUGGCCCUUUUCAAAAACCUGUUACAUUAGAUGAAGCUCCAGAUUACUAUGAUAUUAUUGUUUUCCCAAUAGGUAAACGAGUUUCAGUUUAUUCAUCACUAUACUAGUAGUGAUAAGUAACAUAUGUUUCUAAUAGUUGUAAAUAAUUAUUUUCAUUUUCUGAAAUAUUCUUUAUGCAAACUUAAUAAUAGUCAAAACAUCUACACUUUUAUAUAUAGAUUAUGCAACUCUAUGCUGCGUAGACCCCGUUAGGAUUGUAACUACUUAGUAAAAACCCAUGAACUGUAAUGAAUUCACAUUAUUAAAUUUGAAUUAUUAUUCUCGUUUUAUCAACUUUUCUAAGGAGAAUAAUUUCUUAACUCUAUUUGAAUUAUAGAAGGGGUUUUGUGGAGAUUUAGUAUUUACUAUAGUUGAAAGCGUGAGUCAAUUGAAGCUAGAUCACCAUGGAAAACCUGGAAUUGUCUAACUAGAUCGAAUUUUUUUAUUUCACUGGUAAAGAAUAACCUAUCUGUAUGGCAUGUUACCGGUCCGAGGUAUUUGUAGGUACUAAAUCUCUUCAUUGUCAUUCUUGAAUAACUAAAUCAUGACGCACAAUCUACGUGACACAGUCUAUUCGUACUUACACUUCGUUAGAUUUUCAAUAAAAAUUUAUUGUAUAUGUACAUACCUUUAAUGAAUAACUGUUAUAUCUAUCAUUUCAUGUCACAUUCAAUAACUAACAUAUCCAAUAUUACCUUGUUACAUGACAUGAGAAAAGUGAUGGCUGACAUUUUGAAUUAAACAGUUUUCUUGUUAUAGCCUGUGUUUUUGGAUAUUGUUAUAUUCAUCUUAAAAAAUCCCUAUUAUAUUUUGAAUUUAGAAGCCUAAAAAACAUUAAUCCUGUUUGUACGAUAAAAACAGAUGUCUCUCUGGGCUACAAUUAAAGAUAUCACCAACAUACAGCUAAUACACUUGUCGUUACUAGUUGAGGACAUAAAAGUAACUACUUUGUUAUAUUCUUUUGUUUUCAUUAUAGACGACAACCGAUCAUCAUCCGUUGAAGGAAACAUUCUACGUUAAUCUGAGAAAUUUUAAUCAAAUUAUGCUAAUUCAUAUAUCUGACUUAAAUAUCAUUGAUGUAUCACCUUACUGCUCUUUCAAUUUAAUUUUUCAACAACUGAUUAAGUAACCAAUCACUUAGUAGUUAAAUCACGCCUGUUAACUAGUAGAUUGGAGCUUCGAACCCUGUUUGGCAUUAGGCAACCGGAUAGUAUCAGUAAGAUUCAUACAAAAUAUAUGACUGAAAUAUGAAUACGGCAUACUUGCACUCUACAAACUCAUUUCUUGGUAAAAAAAAUUUUAAACACCUGAUUUUUCUUCAGAUAUCAUGGUUACUUCUACGUUCUUUUAAUUGUCACAUGGUUUAUUUAACAGCCAAUUUGAGUUUGAAAAGUUCUGAAAAAUGGAGUUACAAUGCAACUAACCACUGAUGAUUUUUAACUUAAAUUAAAAAUGUGUCAGCCACUAUCUAACUUUUACUCAUAUCCUUUGCUUUACAGAUUUGGGCACAAUGUGGGAACGUUUAAAAUCGAAUUAUUAUGUUACGAAAUCCUUGUUUAUUGCUGAUAUGAUGCGAAUGUUUCAUAAUUGUCGUACUUACAAUCAACAAGACUCUUAUCUUUAUAGAAGUGCUAAUACUUUAGAACGUUAUUUCAUCAACAAAAUGAAAGAGGCUGACUUAUGGCCUUAAAUCAUAUCACAGAAUCAACAAAAUAUGCUACUGAGUUUAAUGAAUUUUGUUUGACUCUGUCUUUUCUUAUGUUUCCUGUUUUUCAGUAUAAAGUAAAAGUUUUGUAAUUUAUAAUUUCUUGUAUGAUAGGUGUUACUUUGUGUAAAUGACUCAUAGUUUUACUGAACUUCGUAAAGUUGAUAAAAUUGCUCAAAAACUAUCAAUAAAUAUGUGUACUG